AUGUCUGUGCUGUGGCUGCUUCUAGGCCUCCUUGUCCUUACAGGUUCAUCAGAAAGCAGCAGUUGGGGAUGCCGUGGAGACAUCCGGACCCUCCACACCCCUGGGGCGUCUUGUGCCAUCGGAAGGCGUCAAGGCCUGAGCUACUGUGGAGUUCGUGCUUCUGAAAGACUGGCUGAAAUAGACAUGCCGUCCCUCCUGAGAUAUCGACCUAUCAUACAUACUGUUGGCCAGAAGUACUGCCUGGACCCUGCUGUGAUCACUGGUGUCUUGUCCAGGCAGUCUCAUGGCAGCAACGUCCUGGCCAACGUGGACGGUGUGGAGUCAUUGCUGCAAAGACCCUGGUCUUUAUGCCCCACAUCCUGGUUCAGUGAGGCCCAGGUUUCCCGAGUGACUGAAGUACUGAAUGUACGAAUCAAAGAAACCCAGAGGAGGUUCCCAACCUAGACCCCUGACCAGUACCUGAGAGGUGGACUCUGUGCCUACACGGGAGGCGCUGGCUACAUCCGAAGCAGCCAGGACCUGAGCUGUGACUUCUGCAAUGGUGUCCUUGCACAAGCCAAGUACUUCAAGAGACAAGGCUUCUAA